UUUUUUAUUUAUUUAUCGGUAUAUAGACCAUAAACUACGUCGUAUUUAUAAGUAUUAUUAUCACAAAAAAUAGAUAAAACAUGUCUAGCCGUUAUAGCAAGAAGUUUGAACAGUCUUCUAAUACACCAAAACAUAACGGCAGCACAACAAAAGAUUCCCAAUCUAUAAGAAAAGAGAAAGAUAAAGCCAAAACGUCUAAACCUUUAUAUUCUACAAAUAUAGAUGAAUCUUUCUAUUUUACAAAUAACAAAACUUCAGAUUCUCAUUCAAAUAAAAACGUUAAGAAUAAGAGACAUAGGAAGCUCACGUCGAUGGAUAAGCAAGCUGAUAAAUACGAAUCUCAUACAAAGCAUUUUGUGAAUAAUGAAACACUAUCACCUGGAGUUGAUAUCUUACAUAGUGAUGACGAGAUAUCCAGUUCAAGCAAUAAAUAUGAAGAUGAUGAAUACGACAUCAAAAGCGACCUACCCAAUAAAAACUCCGCCCACUCCAAUCAAAAGAGGUCACAGACUCAUCAUGCAAGCUCUGACAGUGAAUUAACUGACAAAGAUAUGAAAUUUUGGGAAGAACCAAAUGAAUCUAGGGAGGAGAAGGAGACGAGCGAAGAAGAAGAAAACAACGAUGCGGAAGCAAAUUCAGAGAACAAUCAGAACAUGCUGGAUACUGUCGUUGUUAAGCGAAGACGAAAGAGAAAAGAACGCAAAUGGAAGAAGGCAGUAGACGCACCUAAAAAAGCCUCGAGUGCCUAUAUCUGCUUCUCUAAAAGCGUCCGUCCAUUGAUACAGGAAGAACUGUGCAAAAAGAAGCUCAAUCCCACACCCACAGUUCUUAUUAGUGAAAUCGCAUGUCGAUGGAAGGCACUCUCCGUAACUCAAAAAAAACCCUAUUAUGACGAGGCUAACAAAGAUCGGUUACGUUAUGCAAACGAAAAGCAGCAGUGGUUGCUUAGUCAGACUAACGAAGUGGGUAAGGAUAAAAAAUUAGCUCAAGAGUUUACUCAAACUACAGAAAACUCUCAGGAUAACAAGCACAAAAUAUUUAAAGUCCGCGCUGAAAAUGAAGAGCUUUUUGACAAGAUUAAUUUAAGACAGCUUACGUAUAAGCGGUUGAUCAAGAAAAUUCAGGCAAAAAAGCACGAUAAAAGAGACAUUCUUUGUAUAACUCAACUUCCUAAUAUUCGUAUUCGUGAUAACGAAGAUGUCGCCUCGUUACCGAAUUUUGCGGAACUCGAAGUUACAUUUAUUGGUAACAUGCAAUCAAAAAAAAAAAUUAAAACUAAUUGACUCGAUUUGUAGCGCCAACUUGUAUCACUAGAGUUUUCACACAAUAAUUUUUUACCAGACCCUAUGGUCAAGUAUGUGCUUAAUGAUAACUCUGUAUGUUUCCGGGCUAAGAGCAUAUCUUGAUUUGUCUUGACUGUGUAAAAGGCCCAUAGCAAGGAUUAUUGGUUUGUCACAAUUUUCACCCACUAGUUCAAUUAGCUGCUGGGCAAAGGCUUCUAAAGUGGGGUCAUCUCUUCUCCCUAUUAACGUCUUCACAGAGAAGCUGAACUCAUUCUUAAAUAGACUAUCG